GGAGAGAAAACUCGGUUUUACUGUUUCUGCGGGAAAACUCGGCUUUUUGGUUUCGGCGAGAAAACAUGAUUUUUCGAUUUCGGCGGAAAAUUGAUUUUUGCGGUUUUGGCGGGAAAAUUGGGGUUUGCGGUUUUGGCGAGAAAAUUGGGAUUUGCGGUUUUGGCGAAAAUUUUGGUUUUGCGGUUUUGGCGGGAAAACUCGGUUUUACGGUUUCGGCGGGAAAACUCGAUUUUUCGGUUUUCAGUCGGAAAACUCGGUUUUGCGGUUUUGGCGGAAAACUUGGUUUUGCGAUUUUGACGAAAUACUCAGUUUUGCGGUUUUGACGGGAACACUCGGUUUUGCGGUUUUGACGGGAAAACUUGGUUUUAUGGUUUUGGCGGGAAAACUCGGUUAUGCGAUUUCGGCAGAAAAACUCGAUUUUCGGUUUUGGCGGAAAAACUCAUAUUUUGGUUUCUGUGAGAUAAUUUAUUUUUACGGUUUUGACGGAAAAUUCAUUUUUUGAUUUUGACGGCAAAAAACGUUUUUGCAAAUUUUAUAUAAUUUAAUUAAAAUGGUGAAAAUAUAAUAACAAAACUGAAAACUCAUGGGUACACCAUUACCCUUUUGUAUUUACCCAACAUAAAUAUGGGUUUUAAAAUUAAUACCCAUGGUCGAUCCAAUAAAUCUUAGACGGGUAAAAACCCAACCCAUUAUUAGUGGGUUUGGGUAAACCCAUGGGUAGUUACCCAUGUUAACAUCCCUAGCCCCAACGACGACAAGGAGAUUCAUGGGUUUUGGAUAAAUGCUCCUGCUUUGGAGACUUUGAACAUUAAUGAUACAGUCAGUAACUUUCUUAUGCUUAAGUUUAUGCCCGAGGUGACCAAAGCGAAUAUCCAGGUUACUUGUGUCCAAACUGAGAAGUUCAUUGGAUCUCUUACCUCAAUCCAACAUCUUUCUCUAUGUUCUCGAUCUUCUUAGGUAAGAACCUAAUUUAUUACCCCUAUAAUGUCAAAAAUGUUUCUUCUAUGUUUGGUUAUUGUCAGUAUAUAUACGUACUUCAUUUUGCAGACUCCAUAUCGCCGUGGCUCUGUAUUUCCCUAUCUUGAACAUCUAGAGCCAUGUACAUGUUCUGCGGGAUGGGCCAAUCUUCUUGCUUCUAUACUCAAUGACGCUCCAAGGCUCCAAUCUUUAAGUCGGUAUGUAGUAUUGACUUUUUUUAACUAGCCACGACCAAACGUGAAAUUUUGGAGGCUACACGCAGUUCACGGAUUUUAAUAUAAAAUAUUAAAAAUUAUACAAAUUUGGGGAUCUAUGUUUAUGUUAUUUAUUUCUUAAAUUUAGAGGAUAUAAACCAAUGUUUUACAGAAAAAUAAUAUGCCAUCAAACCAUUUUAUGUUUCCACCUUUAUUUUUGAACGAUCUACACUUGAGAGCUACCGUCCCCAGAUGAAGACCAAAAUAAAUAUGAUUUUUAUAUGAUAUCUAAUUUUUAUAAAUCAAAAUAUCAAAAAACUAAACCGAGAUCAGAUUAAAAUUGAAUAAACCAGAAACCGGAACCAAACCAAAAUGGAUGUGAUUUUAAUAUGAAAUCUAAUUUUUAUAAACCAAAAUAUUGAAAAAAUGAGACUUAUUUCGAACAUAUGGUUCUUAUGCAUGUCUCACUUCACGGAAAGUGUGGAUCUCGUCCUAGUAUAUAUAUAACGAAAUCAGAAAUCAGUUACCAUAUAUAACAAAAUUCAUUAAUAAAAGAAAAAUAUAUAGAACCCACAUAAUGCUGAAUAGACACUUUUAGAAAAGAGGAAAGUCUUUCAUUAUAUACAUAUAACUUUUCUAUGUUAUUCAUAGAGCUGGACAUUUUAUCUGUUAAAUUUGAUUCGAUUCGUUAUUAGUUUUGAUUCGAUCCAAAAAUUCUGAAUAUCCGUAAACUUUCGAAUCAAAACAAAUACUAAAAAUCAGUAUCCGUUAAAAUUGAAGCAAAUCACAAAUAUUAAAAUAUUGAAAAGCGGAUAUCCGAUCUGAUCCGACAAUAUAUAAAUACAUGUAUAUCUUGAUUAUAUUUAAAGUUUUUAAUGUAUAAAAUUAUAUAAUUAUUAUUCUAACAUAUGAUUUGAUAAAUUCUAUUCAUAUUAUUACUAUAUAAAAGUAUUAAAUUAAAGGCACAAUUAUGACAAUUAUAAUUUUUUUCUUAAGUUUUGUGUUAUUAUAAUUGUUAAUUAAGUUCAAAAAAUUUACAAAAUAUGUAGAUUCUCUACUCCUUGUCAUAUAUAUCAUGCAAAAAAAUUUUACAAAACAAAUAUGUAUCAAAUUUUUAAGAUUAUUUGUAUUAAUCAAAACAUAUGAGAUAUCCGUAAGUAUUCGUAAAUAUCUGCAAAUAUCUAUUUAUUUUUUGGAUAUCCGUUUUUCCGAAUAUCCGUAUUUUUCCGAAACAAAACAAAUAAAAAAAUUAGACAUCCGUGAUAUACGAAGCAAAUCGCAAAUACCUUUAAAAUCCGGAUAUCUGAUCCACGUAUUAUAUGAUUGAGCCGAAUGAAAUCAAUUAACAAUAUUUAAAAAAGUUAUUCAUUGGGUUGAGCCAAAGUCCGCAUUUUAUGAUUCUGGUUAGAGAGUUACCAAAUCAGGAAUAUUGGGAUGAGUCAAAACUAGACUUCUUUUCCACGUAGAAUGGAAACUAACCUUUGCUGAUUAUUUUUCUCUUCUUCAUAUAUCUAAUCUAUUAAAACAGAGUCCUAUUUUUUAUCUACUAUUAACGAGUCAUACUAGGACCAUCUAAAAAAUUACUUAAUAUGACAUAUUUCAUUAUUUACAUUAAUAAUAAAACAAAUUUAAAUUUAAAUUUAUUUUUAAGUAUAACAAGUUUUGUUGAGAAAGAAUCUAACAAAAUCUUACCAACCUUCUAAAUAUUUUUAUAAAAUAACACUUAAUUAAUUUCGUAAAUACUAAUAUAACUUUAUAAUUCAAUGUUAAUUAAAAAUUUAUUAUAAAACAAGAAAAUGAAAUUAUAUACUAUUUUAUAUAUAUUUUUAAUUAUAUUAUGUAUUAUAUUAAAAUAGAAGUACUAUAUGAAUUAAAUAUGUGUAAAUUUAUCUAUUUUAUUUUUAAAAUAGUUUCAUUUAAAUAAAUUAUCACUCAUCAUCAAAAUACGUUAGAAUUCAUAAACUAUAUUAUAUUUUUUUAGAAAAAUAAAUUUAUAAAUAUAAAUUCAUUAACAUAGGUUAAACUUUUAUAUUUACAACUACAUAUUAUUUUAUUUUUUUUUAUUUUGAAACUCUCAACAAUAUAUUGUUUAAAAAAUAAUAAUAUACAAAAAUAUAAUAGUUUAUAACUAACCUUUAGUUCAUAUACUAUUUAAAAAUAUGUUAUUAGAAAACUAUGAAAUUUUAAUUAUUCAUUCAAAAUAUUAAAGACAAAUCAAAUUUUAUUUAUAAAUUUAAUAUUUAUAUUAAUUAUAAACAUAUUCUGAGAGAUGUAUAAAAAUCUUACCGAAAUUAAAAUUAUUUAUAUAAAAUAAUGUAUUAAUUUAGUAACAAAACUAUUUUGAAAAUCAUAUAAUCUCCCACCUUAAAUAUAGUUGUGUAAUUUUCCAAACAACUUUGACAAAAUAUAAAAUUUAAAAAAUAAGUAUGCAAACUUAAAAUGAUAAUGUUUUAAAUUUUUCAAAAGGUAUAAUCAUAGCUAAUAAAGAAUAACUUCUUGAAAUGUAACACGAAAAAACAAACAAUGUUAUAAAAAUUAAAGUAAUCUAAUAUUUUGAAGUCUUAAUUUAAUAACAAAAAA